AUGUUAAGAAUAUGUUCACCUAUAAUACCAGGUCAAACAGAACAAGGUGGACGAAGUUUUUUAACCAUUGAUCCUCGUCGUAAACAAGUUACAGUACAUGAUCCUGCUGCUAGUGGUUAUAUUACCUCCUCAAAUAGGAGAGCUGCAGUGGCUGCACCCAAAAUGUUUGCUUUUGAUGGUGUUUUUUCUCCUGAUGAUUCUCUGAGUGAAGUAUGUUCUGGAAGUUUAAGUGAAAUUUUACAAUCAGUUAUAGGAGGUGCUGAUGGUUGUCUCUUUAGUUAUGGUCAUUCUAAACUUGGUAAAUCAUUUACUAUGAUAGGUAAAGAUCACUCACCACAAACUUUAGGAGUUAUACCUUGUGCUAUAUCCUGGUUAUUUAAAUUAAUUAGUGAACAGAAAGAAUCAACUGGUGCCAGAUUUUCUGUUCGUGUUUCUGCUGUAGAAGUUUCUGGAACACAAGAGAAUUUAAAAGAUCUAUUAUUUGAUGUUGGUGGAGGUGGAGAAGGACCACCAUCAAAUGCAGUGUAUUUAAGAGAAGAUCCUAUCUGUGGAACUCAACUUGAAAAUCAAAGUGAACUCAGAGCACCAACUGCUGAUAGAGCAGCUUUUUAUUUUGAUGCUGCCUUAGCUGCAACUAGUAAAAAUGCAGAAGAAGAUGGCCGCUCAUCACAUCUAUUAUUUACGUUACAUGUUUAUCAAUAUCGAAUAGAAAAAGCUAAUAGAGCUGGUCUUCCUGGAGGUAUAAGUAGACUACAUUUAAUAGAUUUAGGGAGUACAGCUAAAUCUAAAGAUCCUAGUAAUGCUUCUUUAAGUCUUUCUGCUCUUGGUAAUGUUAUUAUGGCUUUACUCAAUGGUCAAAGACAUUUACCUCAUAGGUAA